AUGAUGAUCGCAAUUGGGAUCGGUCCAAUCAGGGUCAGCGUCAUGGUCCCCCAGACCGUAACACCUGUCCCUUUUGCGCCGGGCAACAUACCCCUGGACGCUGCCCCCUCUUGCGGCAGGAACGCGUGCAGGCUGUCCGCUGCUUGCAUCUCUGCCAAAAUUGCCUGGGGCGCAAUCACUACGUUCGCAAAUGUCAGGCACGGGGGCGAUGCUUUCACUGUCAGCAGACCCAUCACUCGUCCACCUGCAAUCAGCGCAAUAACCAGAAUAAUGAGCGCCCAGCAGCCGUGGCUCAAGCAGUUGUUGCUGCCCCCGCAGUUAACCAGGCGGCGCCUGCAGUGCAAGCAGCACCACCAGCGCUCGCUGCAGCAGCCCCUGCGGCAGCACCCGCCGCAUCAGCAUGACAUGAUCCGGCGGCUGAGCGUCGAUUGGUCCUGUAUUCAUUCACGAAUAUACGCGUCAAGUGCUUUUUCCCUCGGGGACGGAAAGAAGAAAAAGCCAACGAGGAAAAAAUCCCCUCCUCUGGACUUUGCAGCUGGAAAUGGGAGAUAUGGAGUCCCCUGGGAGAAUGUGGAGCCCCGCCUAGAAAGUGGGCGCGCGUCAAUCCAAUCCGCUUCUCAUCAUGGCCAUAGCCCAGAAGAUUUUCUUCCGCUUCUCUCAUCUUCUUAUUCUGCUCUCUGGAAAAUGGAACUCUACAAAUCUUACGGGCAAGCAGGCGUGAACCAAUUGGGCGGCGUCUUCGUCAACGGCCGCCCCUUGCCCGACUGCAUCCGGCGCCGCAUUGUGGAGCUGGCCCUGCAUGGUGUCCGCCCCUGCGACAUUUCCAGACAGCUUCUGGUGUCACACGGUUGCGUGUCCAAGAUCCUGACGCGCUUCUAUGAGACGGGUUCCAUCAAACCGGGCUCCAACAGUGGUGCCAAAGCCAAGACUUUGUCCCAGCUUCUGCCACCAGAGAUCCGUCAUCAGUUAGCUACUGACCCAGUUUACCGCAAUGCGGCAAACUGGGUUCCUAUCCGCUUCUGGGCCCUGUGCUUCUGUUGCUGCGCAACGUGUCUGAGCAGGGAUGCUUGGGCACAGGCGACAACAACCCCAUCUAUCGUCAAGCGAAUCCUGCAACUGAAAGAAGAUGAACCCAACUUAUUCGCGUGGGAAAUCCGACAGCGACUGGUAGCGUCCCAUGCAUCAUCAUCAUCAUCAUCAUACACGGGAUCGCCGCCAUCGACAGCCGACUUGACGUCACGCGUAGUGCCGCCACAUGACCACGACAUUCCGAGUGCUGUGCCAUCAGUGCCGGCGAUAAACCGCAUUUUGAGGAACGCCACGGCGGCUGCAGCCGCCGUUUCCACGCUUUCAGCUGCAGUCAAGGCGCCACCUGGGACAAUGGGCGCCGGUUCGCAUCACCACGAUUUUACUUGGGUUUCGCCACCGCCGCCGCCAUCAUCAUCGCAGCACCAAACAACGGCGGUUUUGUCGAGAGAUGAUGAUGAUGAUGAUUUGCACGCGAAUAAUAGAACCAGGGUUACUGAGCUCGUGCAAUUCCGGAAGCCCCUUGGCUCAGAUGCAGAUAACGGUUCAGUGGCUGAGAAGUGCACAAACCCAUCCAUGGAGUCAUGGAGACCAGAAAUGUUGCCAAAAUUGCUCCACAAAUCAACAGAGCUACAAUUACCACAGCAUGCAGCCUGGAGAAUGUUCUCCACACCAGCCUGGUUUCCCACCAUGUUCUGCCCAACACAAGACCAAAUGGCACUCCAUCACACCUUACUCAGCAGGACUUACCAAUCAGCCCUCAAUGCACCAUCAUGGACCUUUGGUGACCAGGGACUUCAGCUGCAUCCAUUACCUUUGGUGGCAGCUGCGGCUGCUGCAGCAGCUGCUGCUUCAUCCAUGCCCCAGGGGUUCAAUGGUUUCCAGGACAGACUGGAGAGACCAGGCACUUCUAGACAGUCUUCUAGUAGAGCUACUUCUUAUACCAUUGAGGCCCUAUUGGCUAGGGAGACACAGAGGGAUAGAGAGAGGAAGAAGGAGGAGCCACAAGAAGAGAACAAUGACCCUGAUUCAUCAACCACUGAUCAAGGCAUGGAGAGACAAGACAAAAGUGAAGAUGGGGACUCAUUGGAUGAAGUUUUUGCCGCUCAACAGCAGUAUGGCCAUACCAAGGAAAGUGGUGUUGCAGUCAAGAUGAACCAGCAACUGAAGCAAUUGCUGGCAAAACUGCCAGCAGCAGCACAGAAUACCAAUAAGCUAGCUGCAUCCUCCAACAAGAUGAUGCUGACUGCAGUUGACUGGGUGCGGGCAAAGAAAGCUUAUUCCUCUGACUGGUUUCAGACCCUCAUUCGCAGUGCUGCCAAUAAGACAAGCACUUACAGAGAUAAGAUGGAUAUCUUCAAGUCCAACAGAAAGUCAGCUGGUGCCUCCUCAGUGAACAUGCAAGAAUGUCCGUUCCAUCGUGUGGCAGGUGGGGCAAACCAAGAUCAAAAGGGCAUGAUGACUAAUAGUGCAUCAACACCUAAGCCCCCAGCCCGACCCUCUUCUGCAGAUUGAUGACCACUCUGCAAGGAAAGAUGUUUUAGUCGAACAAUGAAUUGUUAUGCACAUUUGUUUCUGGUGAAUGAGCCAGAGUAGUAGUGUUCUAGAGUUUUAUUCCUCAUAGUUUUUUCUUUCAUUUGGGGAUGUAUCUUGUUCUUUUUUUAUAUCCAUUGAUGAUGUCUGUGUUGAUCUGACAAAAGUAUAAAGGUUGAUUGCAAUCUUUUGGCUUAUUAA